UCAUAUUUAUAUUUGCUAAAUAUCAAUUUUUAACAUAGCAUUAGAAAUAAAAAAGGUAGAUUUGUGACAAUGGUAGAGUUGAUUAAAGAGAGAAAGCCAGUAAAAGGUGCCUUAGUACUGGAGGAUGUUGAUUUGCCAUAUGAGGAAGAAAUUCUUCGUCAUCCAUAUUCAGUAAAAUGUUGGAUGCGCUAUAUUGAACAUAAAAUUUCACACGGUGGUAAAGGACAUGCUGUAAACAUUCUUUAUGAAAGAGCAUUAAAAGAGCUUCCUGGAAGUUACAAGUUAUGGUAUAAUUAUUUGAGAUUAAGAAGAUUACAAACGAAAGGGAAAUGUAUUACUGAUCCUUUAUUUGAGGAUGGAAAUAAUGCUCAUGAACGAGGCUUAGUUUUUAUGCACAAGAUGCCUCGUAUUUGGUUAGAUUAUUGUCAAUUUCUGAUGGACCAGAAACUGAUAACACAAACCCGACAUGCUUUCGACCGAGCAUUAAGAGCUCUUCCCAUUACGCAGCAUUCGAGAAUAUGGCCUAAAUAUCUUGCUUUUGUCAAUAAAUAUGAUAUACCCGAAACAGCAGUAAGGGUUUACCGUCGAUACUUAAAGCUGGAACCUGAAAACACAGAAGCUUAUAUAGAUUAUUUGAUGGAUAUCGGAUGGUUAGACGAAGCUGCUCUAAAACUUGCAUCUAUUAUCGAUCAGGAAAAAUUUGUGUCGAAGAAGGGAAAAUCAAAUCAUCAGUUAUGGCAUGAGUUAUGCGAGUUAAUAUCAAAAAAUCCUGACAAGGUCAAAAGUUUAAAGGUGGCUGACAUUAUCCAUGGUGCUUUGCGAAGAUUCACAGACGGAUUAGGGCAGCUGUGGUGUUCGUUAGCAGAUUAUUACAUCCGAGGAAGUCACUUCGAGAAAGCACGUGAUGUAUACGAGGAAGGUAUACAGACAGUGAUGACAGUUCGAGAUUUUGGUGAGGUAUUCGAUGCUUAUGCACAAUUCGAGGAGAGCAUGAUCAGUGCGAAGAUGGAAGAAUCACAAGAAACUGGACUUGAUGCUGAUGGUGAAGUCGAUUUGGAAUUACGUUUGGCAAGAUUCGAAGUGCUCAUGGAUAGGCGACCUUUACUUUUAAACAGUGUACUACUCCGUCAAAACCCUCACAAUGUGCACGAAUGGCACAAACGUAUUCAGCUUCACGAGGACAAACCUCACGAAGUUAUCAACACUUAUUCCGAGGCAGUGCAAACAGUCGAUCCCAUGAUGGCGUCUGGAAAGCCGCACACUCUCUGGGUGGAGUUCGCAAAAUUUUAUGAAAAACACGAACAGCUGAAAGAGGCGCGUAUCGUGUUCGAGAAAGCAUUGAAAGUGAAGUAUCGACACGUGGACGACCUGGCUAGCGUUUGGUGUGAAUACGCCGAGAUGGAAAUAAGAAACGAUAAUUACGACCAAGCAUUGAAAGUUUUACGACGAGGUACGUCUGUUCCCCGUAAGAAGAUUGGUACUAGUUAUUACGACCAGAAGGAGCCCGUUCAAAGCCGUGUGCAUAAGUCAAUCAAAGUAUGGUCGAUGUAUGCUGAUCUCGAAGAAAGUUUAGGUACCUUCCAGUCAACGAAAGCUGUUUACAAUCGUAUCAUCGACCUUCGCAUUGCAACACCUCAGAUUAUCAUCAAUUUUUCCGCUUUUCUUGAAGAACACAAAUACUUCGAGGAAUCAUACAAGGCAUAUGAGCGAGGCAUCGCGCUAUUUAAAUGGCCUCACGCUUACGAUAUUUGGAAUACGUAUUUAUCGAAAUUCAUAAAGAGAUAUGGUGGAAGCAAGUUAGAAAGAACCCGAGACUUAUUUGAACAAUGUUUAGAAAAGUGUCCGGAAAAGUUCGCAAAAUUCUUUUAUCUCAUGUAUGCUAAACUUGAAGAGGACUAUGGGUUAUCGAGACAUGCUAUGGCUGUGUACGAAAGAGCUACCAAGGCUGUGCCUAAAUCUGAACAAUACGAAAUUUUCAACAUCUAUAUAAAACGCGCUUCGGAAAUGUUUGGUAUAACACACACACGGGAAAUUUACGAGAAAGCCAUCGAAGCGUUACCAGACCAGAAUGCCAGAGAUAUUUGCAUGAGGUACGCUGAGUUGGAAACCAAACUUGGCGAGAUUGAUCGAGCACGAGCAGUGUAUAGCUAUGGUUCGCAGAUGUGUGAUCCGAGGUUAACAGCUAACUUUUGGAAGGCGUGGCAUGAUUUUGAAGUGAAACAUGGGAACGAAGAUACAUUCCGUGAAAUGUUAAGAAUUAAACGGAGCGUUCAAGCUCAAUACAAUACGCAGGUUAAUUUUAUGUCUGCGCAGCUGUUAGCAUCUCAAGCCAACGCAGAAACGGCUACAAAGAACGAAAUGGAGAAGCUAGAAGAAAAAGCGGCUGCCCUUGCUGAAGAUGCGGAAAAAGACAGACCAGCACCCCCGCAGACGCAGCCUCCUUCUAAGAGUGUGCUUUUCGUUCGAGGUGAAACACAAGCAGAGAGUCUUGCUGAUGUUGAGAGUACAAACAAUCCUGAAGAAAUCGAGCUGGCUGAAGAUAGUGAUGACGAGAGCAGUGAAGAUGAUGGCGAUGUUCGACUGGAACAAAAAGAAAUACCAGAGGAGGUAUUUGGUGGAAUAAAAAAGUCGGAUUGAUUGAUCAAAGAAACGAGUUCUGUUGUGAUAAAAGAUCUUAAUGUUGUUAGAAGAAACGUAUUAAUUAUGAAAUGGGAGGGUAAAAACAACAUCAGCAAACGCUGUCGGAACCAGUUAUGUUUUUUUAUUCAAUGUAACGACAAAAGUGCGACGUCACAAAUAUCUAAUUAUAAACGCCGGCUGUUUUUAUUUUACUGUGAACGUUUUAAAAAUAAUUCUUAUCUUUGUUGUUUUACUAUUUUGAAUAAAAUUGUGAUGGAUUUAUAUCUAGCGAAUAGCUCAUCAAUAAAAACAGUGCCGUGACACGAGAAAUGAUGUUGUCAUUGUGUAUACGACUCGAAGGACGGAAUAAUUUAGAAAAUUCGCUGUCGGAAGUUUUUAAGUACAACAUUGACAUAUGAACCGCAAACAAAAACAUCACAUUCGUUGGAACAGCCAUAAUAGUCGAAAGGUUAACUUUGGGCGCCACUGCAAUUUCCUUUACUUUAAGAUAUUUUCAGGCAAAAAAAAUAAAUUAUGCUGUAAUUUCGAAAUAAAAACCUACGGAGUUUGGCGGGAUUAUGUGUUGAAACAUCUUAAGCUAAAAAAAAUUUAUUUCUAAGAUUCAUAUUGAUUCUGUAAUCUGCCUAUUUUUAUUACUACCAUAGCUAAGAAGUCCUGGAGAGGAUAAAAGUAAGGAAGGGGGAGAACUAGUCUUCACUCUCAAGUAACCUACCGCCAAGGACAAAUUAAUUUUGGUAUAAAUUUCGAUUUCGAUAAUUCUGCAUGACUAAACUUGCUUUUAGACUCCACGUCAUCUGGUCGGCGUUGUAAAAUGGAUCUAAGUUUGCAAACCCCACAGAAAUGACUUGUUUAUCUCAGCUCUUCUCAAUCUAUUUGCGAUUUCAGAUUUUGAGUAAUAAGUGAUGGCCCCGAGAAAAUUAAAAAACUGGUAUUUUGCGAAAACCGCGAAGUCACAAAUCUGAAAGACAACGAAAAUGUUCGCUAUUAAUUUUUAGAUUUUUUUUUUUCAUUUUGUGUUUAUUUUAGUUUUAUUUCGCAAAUAUUUAUUCGUCAACACGCAUUCUUUUACUCUAGUACCAAUUUGUAUUCCCAAGCUCACUUAUAGUGAAGUCUAAUUGUAAUUUUGAAUGUAUUGAAUGUAUAUGUACUGUUUUAAAGAGAGCUGUCAAAGGUGUA